AAAAAUAAUAAAAAUGAAAGGAAGAGGCAAAGACAUGAGUCCGGCCACCGCUAAUUGGACCUAAGAAUCGGUGGAAGUAAACUCGCUUCCGAUGAAUAUGAUGAGCGAAUUCAAAGAAAUAUGAUCAACAAUCACACAAACAACAACAACACCAACUCUCUCAUUUCUCAUAAACCUCUUCUCUUCUCUUAAUCCCAAUUCCCAAACCUCACCCACUUUCCCUCUUCACAUGAUUCGUCUUUUCUCUUGUUAAUGGCGUCACGAUCCUUGCUCUUUGUUUGACGCCAUCGCCCUAAAACCAACACAUUCUUUCUCGUUUUUUCAAGUCUUGGAACCCCCAAGACUUGAAACAAUCCGCCAAUUCGACUCCUCUUAGGUGUUUCCAGAUUUUACUUGACUGCCUUCACCAUGUGGUAAUGGAGCUUCACAACAGGAAUAGGAUGAUUAAGUUUAUAUGCACUUCAAAAUUUGAGCUUUUAGAAUUGUGGAGAUUCAAGUUGUCUUGGACGAAUUUGGAAGAAUGCCUAUGAAUGUCUUCCCCUGUGAAUUAAAUAGGAAUAUGGAUAGAUGAAAAAGUCAUACUUGAAAGACUUUUAGCAAUAAAAUAGAUAGUAACCUUGAGAAAUAAGGAAACACAUGGAGGAAUUUUCUAAAUAUGCUCAUAGUCCUGCCCAUUUAGCAGUUGCACGUCGAGACUAUGUUGCUCUUAGAUUCAUUAUCUCCACGCUACCACAAUUAGCCAAGGCAGGUGAGGUCAACACUGAAACGGAAUCGAUUGCAGCAGAGCUAGAAGCUGAUGCUGUGUCUGCUGUUAUUGAUCGACGUGAUGUCCCAGGACGUGAGACACCUCUCCACCUUGCAGUACGGCUUUGCGACCCGAUUUCUGCAGAGAUUUUGAUGGCCGCUGGAGCAGAUUGGAGCCUUCAGAAUGAAUAUGGUUGGAGUGCUCUUCAGGAGGCAGUUUGCAAUAGAGAGGAUUCAAUAGCUAUGAUUAUUGCACGAUACUAUCAGCCCCUGGCUUGGGCAAAAUGGUGCCGUAGGCUUCCUCGCAUUGUUGCCUCAGCAGGCCGCAUACGUGAUUUUUAUAUGGAAAUGACAUUUCAUUUUGAGAGCUCUGUAAUUCCAUUUAUUGGGCGAAUAGCUCCAUCCGAUACGUACCGUAUUUGGAAGCGUGGUUCCAAUCUUCGGGCAGAUAUGACCCUUGCUGGUUUUGAUGGUUUUCGAAUACAACGUUCUGACCAGACAUUUCUCUUUCUUGGAGAAGGCUACUCAUUAGAUGAUAAAGUUAUUACUUUGCCACCUGGUUCUUUGAUUAUUCUUACCCACAAAGAGAAGGAAAUUACAAAUGCUCUGGAAGGAGCUGGUGCACAACCAACUGAUGCUGAAGUUGCUCACGAAGUGGAUUUAAUGUCAAGGACAAAUAUGUAUAGACCAGGCAUCGAUGUAACUCAGGCUGAGUUGCUUCCUCAUUUAAAUUGGCGACGUCAAGAAAGGACUGAGGUGGUUGGAAAUUGGAAAGCAAAAAUAUAUGACAUGCUUCAUGUAAUUGUGAGUGUGAAAUCAAGGCGGGUUCCUGGUGCUAUGACUGAUGAAGAGCUAUUUGCUGCAGAUGAUGAAGAUAGAUUAGCCCGUGUUGGUGAGCAUGAUGAAUAUGAUGAUGUAUUAACAGGUGAGGAGAGAAAGCAGUUGGAUUCAGCACUUCGUAUGGGAAGCUCAGAUACCCAUCUUGAGUAUGAGGAACAAGGGGUAACUGAUCGUCAGGAAAAUGGAUCAAUAGGUUCCUGUGACAGUUUUGAGUCCAAUGGUAUUGUUAAGGAAAAGAAGAGUUGGUUUGGUUGGAACAAGAAAAGUGCAAGGAGUAAUAGUGAUGAGCCAGAUGAUUCAAAGGUCUUGAAGAAAUUCUCAAAGUCGGCCCCAGAAGGUAGCAAUCAUAAAGUAGUCGAGCCUCCAAUUUCUUCUGAUUUUUCUUUUGAAGAUACAGGCGAUAAUACCAAGAAGGGAAAAGAUAAGAGUAGUAAGAAAAAGAAGAAGAAAGGAGCCACUACUGAAUCUAAAAAUGAGAGUGAGUACAAAAAGAGUUUAAGACCCGUCUUGUGGUUGACACAAGAUUUCCCUUUAAAAACUGAUGAGCUUCUGCCUUUGCUUGACAUCCUUGCUAACAAGGUAAAGGCUAUCAGGAGAUUAAGGGAACUUCUAACUACCAAGUUGCCUCCUGGCACAUUUCCUGUGAAGGUUGCCAUCCCUAUCGUCCCAACAAUUAGGGUGCUCGUUACUUUCACAAAGUUUGAAGAGCUUCAGCCAGUGGAAGAAUUUGCAACUCCUCCUUCCAGUCCAGAUCAUUUCCAGGAUGCUAAAGUUAAGGAUUCAGAAGGAUCUUCUUCUUCAUGGAUUCCAUGGAUGAGAGGAAGUCGUGGUGGGCAAUUAAGUGAUGGUGACAGUCACAAGGAUGAAGUUGAUCCGUUCCUCAUACCCUCAGACUAUAUAUGGGUCGAUGCUAAUGAGAAAAAACGGCGGAUGAAGGCAAAGAAAGCCAAGAGUAAAAGGCAUCGAAAACACGCAGCCGCCAAAGGUGGAAGUACGGCACCUCAGGUCCACUGGAGAUUUGAACUCUACUGGGUUCGAGAAGGCCAAACGAGAUUCGCCUAAUGAAAAUUUUAUGUUUUUCUUCUUUUUUUUUUAUCCUUCAAUAAUUGUGGGACGGAACUUCGUAUCAUUGACCUUUAGAAUUGUAAAAGGUGUUUUAGCUACUAAGUUAUGC